CAGAAAAAAAAUAGGAUAUGGUUAGUUGAACAACAUAAUAGUUUUCGUUCUUCCAAACAGCUUAUCUGAAACUACUCUAAAUAUAGAACUUCCUGGAAGUUCAUUCAAGCAUAAUAUCUGAAAGAAAGGCACGCUUUUGUGUCUGCAUUGCUGAACUACAGAAUUUGAAAAUGGAGAAAAAGAUAACCUUGGAAAUAAGAGGAAUGACUUGUAACUCUUGUGUAAAAACUAUUCAAGAUAAAAUCAGUAUAGCAAAUGGAGUAAAGAGCAUUGUGGUGACUUUAGAAACAAAUUCAGCUGAAAUUGAAUUCAAUAGUGAUAUAGUUUCAGAUAUGCAAUUGGCUGAACAAAUUGAAGAUAUGGGAUUUGAAGUUCCCAUUCUUUCAAAACCAAACUUCAUCAAAAGUACUUUCAUAGUAAAAGGAAUGACAUGCAACACUUGCGUUCGUAAAAUUGAGUCAAAUGUCUUAAGCUAUUCUGCUGUGAAAAGUAUUCGUGUUUCUUUUGAUGAAAGACUUGCAAGAAUUGUUUAUGAUUCUAAAAAUAUUAGUGAAAGUGAAUUAUGUAAAAUAAUUUCCGAACUAGGAUUUGUGUGUGAACCUGUCCCGUUAAAUGUAGAUCCUGAAUCAUUUGCCAAAAUCACUGUGAUAGGAAUGACAUGUCAUUCAUGUGUAAAUAACAUUGAAGAUUUUGUUGGUAAAAAGCCAGGAGUGAAUAAAAUUUCAGUAUCGUUGUCUGAUAAAAUGGCCUCCAUAUGGUAUGAUCCGAAUAUCAUUAAAUCAAAUGAGCUUAGAGAUGUUAUUGAUGAUAUGGGCUUUGAAGCUUCCAUUCUGGAGGUGGCUGAUCUUACAGACAAACUGAAGUGUGUGGCCUUGCAUAUUCAGUCAUUUGGGUCAACAGUGUGGUCUUCUGAAGACGAAGAUCAAUUGUUUUUCUCCAAAGGUGUGAUCAGUAUUAAAACAGUGAGUUCUGAAAGUGUCCUCGUGUAUUAUAUGCCUAGCGUCACUUGUAUGAAUGAUAUUAUGAAUUUCAUUCAGUCAAUGGGUUUUAUGUGUAAUGAAACAGUAAGAGAUUCUUCAAAAGAUCUCUCAUUUUCGGAUGUUCCAGAUGCAUCAACUAAUGUUAUCAAGAACGGAUUUACCGAUUUAAGUAAAAAAACAGUAUAUUUAGAUGUUGAAGAUAACUUGGAAAAAUGUUUUAUUCGAGUAACUGGUAUGACUUGUGCUUCGUGUGUAGCUGCUAUUGAAAGGAAUGUCAUGAAAAUUGAAGGAGUUCAUAGAGUAUUGGUGGCAUUAAUGGCUCAAAAAGCUGAAAUUAAAUAUGAUCCAGCAUAUAUUUUGCCUUCCCAGCUUGCUUCUGUAGUUACAGAGCUUGGAUAUCCCAGUACAGUUUUAGAUGAUGUAUCUACAGAAUUUGGCGAUGUUAAUUUGCAUAUUGGUGGUAUGACUUGCAGUUCAUGUGUACAUAAAAUAGAAUCUACAAUUGGCAAAUUACCUGGUGUUGUAUCUGCAUCUGUUGCUUUGGCUACUCAACAAGGUCAUUUCAAGUUUGAUUCAGAAGUAACUGGGCCAAGAACAAUUAUUCAUACUAUAAAGAGUAUGGGAUUUGAUGCUUAUCCAUUGUCAGAUCGCACUCGUGAUGCCAGUUAUCUCUUACAGAAAGAAGAAGUUAGAAAAUGGAGAAAUUCCUUUUAUCUUUCACUCAUGUUUGGUUUGCCGUCCAUGAUUGUAAUGAUGUAUUAUAUGUUUAUGAAAAUGCACAAUAUGGAAAAAAAGUGGUGUUGUGUUGUUCCUGGUCUUUCAGCUCAAAAUUUGUAUUUGUUUUUGCUUGCAACUCCUGUUCAAUUUUAUGGUGGAAGAUACUUUUAUGUCCAAGCUUACAAAGCACUUAAACAUCGAAUGGCUAACAUGGAUGUUUUAAUUAUGUUGGCUACAACAAUAGCUUAUUUUUAUAGUGUUGGUGCACUUUUAUAUUUUAUGGCAGUUGAAUCUGAUCAUAGCCCUAAAACAUUCUUUGAAACACCUCCCAUGCUUUUAAUCUUCAUUUCACUUGGAAGAUGGCUUGAGCACAUUGCUAAGGGAAAAACAUCAGAAGCUUUAGCCAAACUUCUGUCUCUUCAAGCUACUGAAGCCACACUAGUAGAAAUUGAUGAUGAUGGUCAAAUACUGAAUGAAAAGCAAAUAGAUGUUGAACUUGUUCAACGAGGAGACAUAUUAAAGGUUGUCCCUGGAGCUAAAAUCCCUGUUGAUGGUAGAGUAGCAUUUGGAAAUUCCAUGGCUGAUGAAUCUCUUAUUACUGGAGAGUCUUUACCAGUCCCAAAACGUCCCAACUCACAAGUGAUUGGUGGUUCUGUUAAUCAGAAUGGAGUACUACUUAUUGUUGCAACCCAUAUUGGAAAAGACACCACUCUUGCUCAAAUUGUGAAACUGGUGGAAGAAGCACAGACAUCUAAGGCACCUAUUCAGCAGUUAGCAGAUAAAAUAGCUGGCUAUUUUGUACCGGUUGUUGUUGCUGUCUCUGUCAUCACGUUGGUUGGAUGGAUUGUUGCUGGUUAUAUUUCUGUUGAUCAUAUAAAAAUGUAUCAUAAACACCAUAAAGAAGAUGCAACAGAUUCAGAAAUAACUUUUCAAUUUGCUUUUCAAUGUGCUCUCACUGUUCUUGCAAUCGCUUGUCCAUGUUCAUUAGGAUUAGCUACUCCCACAGCUGUUAUGGUUGGAACUGGUGUUGGUGCUGCUAAUGGAAUUCUCAUCAAAGGGGCUGAAGCUCUAGAACUAGCCCACAAGGUGAAAUGUGUUCUGUUUGACAAAACUGGCACUAUUACUCAAGGUGUACCAACCAUGACAAGGGUUUGUGUUUUUGUUGAAAAAAAUGUUUUUUCAUUAGCAAAGAUAUUAGCUGUUGCUGGAACUGCUGAAGCAAACAGUGAACAUCCCAUAGCGGCAGCUAUCACAGCAUUUGUCAAAAAAGCUUUAAAAACAGAGUCGUUUGGAAAAUGUGAAGAUUUUGCUGCAGUUCCUGGUUGUGGCCUUAGAUGUAAAGUUUCUAACAUUCAACAUAUGCUGACUGAAGAACCAAAUGUAGAAUGUUACACUAGUGCAGUUAAAAGCAGCAUUGGAAAUUUGAAUAUUGAAAACGACAUAUCUAAUGUUUUGAUUGAUAGGAACAAGAUAGAUUCUCCAAAUUUUAAUGCAUCUAAUCUUGCUGCUGAUUUAAUAGGAAAUUUGAAUGAGCCAGGCUCACCAUCAAGUAAUAGAAAUCAAGUUUUUAAUGUGUUAGUUGGUAAUAGAGAAUGGAUGCUCCGAAAUGGUUUACAAGUUCCUGAAACUGUUGAUUCCAUCAUGAAAGAUCAUGAAGAAAAAGGUCAUACAGCUGUUUUAUGUGCAAUUGAUGGGACUUUGGUCUGCAUGAUGGCUGUUGCAGAUCCUAUCAAACCUGAAGCGCAUUUGGCUGUUUAUACUUUGAAGAAGAUGGGAUUAGAUGUGAUAUUGUUGACAGGGGAUAAUAAAAAGACUGCAGCUGCAAUUGCAAGACAGGUUGGAAUUUCAAGAGUUUUUGCAGAAGUCUUGCCCUCUCAUAAAGUGAUGAAGAUUCAACAGUUGCAAGAACGAGGGCUGAAAGUGGCUAUGGUUGGCGAUGGUGUAAAUGAUUCUCCUGCAUUGGCAAAAGCUGAUGUUGGAAUUGCUAUUGCAAAUGGAACUGAUGUAGCAGUGGAGGCCGCAGAUGUAGUGCUUAUUCGAAAUGAUCUAUUGGACGUAGUUGGUGCUAUUGACCUUUCCAAUCGCACUGUGAGAAGAAUAAGGUGCAACUUCUUGUUUGCCAGCAUGUACAAUUUAAUAGGGAUUCCUGUUGCAGCAGGUGUUUUCAGACCAUGGCAUUUUGUUUUAAAACCAUGGAUGGGUUCAGCUGCAAUGGCACUUUCUUCUGUUUCUGUUGUGUGCUCUUCUUUAUUGCUUAAAUUGUAUCACAAGCCUACUAAGGAAAAGCUAACCACAUUAGCCUAUUUAGAAGUUCUUGAGAAAACAAGGCUCCAUAACACUGCAAAUGGUGACGAUAUUUCUUUGCACAGAGGUUUGGAUGACAUGAUUUACCCUGAACCAAAAGGGUCAAUCAAAAGUAAUAACCUUAGUCUUAUUAUGGACUUUGUUACUGGAAAUAAAGUGAAAGAAAACAAACUUUUGAGUCCUGACAGCCAAGAAAUGGAAGUAUUCAUUAGCAAAGAACACAUUUAAUUUUCUUCUUUAAAAAAUAAAAAAAGAAAAAAAAAAGAGCUUAAUGUAAUCAUCAACAUGUUAUCCCUUUCCCUUGUAUGUAAAAAAAAAAAAAACUGCUUACCUAAAGCAGAAUGCUUCACACUUUUAAAAUAUUUAAUAGAUUAAAAAAUAACUUUUUCGUCUUCUUUUACAAUUAACAAUGUAUGUUAAAACUUUCUAGUUAAAAUGCAAAUUGUUUUGAAUAAGAAUGUAUUCUCAUUUCUGUCAUUUUUAAUUCUUGUAUCAUAUGAAUUCAUUUGUGGUGUACGUACGAACAAAAGAAGAAAUUAAUGUUCAAGAUCUGCUUUGUUUUUAGUCUGUGAAGUGAUUUAUGUUUUUGUUUGGUAAAAACUUUUUAUGUUUUAUAUUUACCUAAAAAUCAUUUUCAAAAUGAAUUAAAAACAUUAUUAUUGACCUAUUUUGACAAACACAUAGGACUGUUAUGUGGAUCUAAUAAUUUUUAAAUCAUGUACAUCUUUUUUUUUAAACAUAUUUUUUUCAUAAUAGUGAAUAAGUAUAGAAUGAUCUCAUAAUUUUAUAAGAAAUGAUUAUUUAUUUGAGAUUAUUUAAAUCUUUUUCAUCUCUGGCACUUAUUUUUUUUAAAAAGAGCAGUCUCACAUGUUCUAACAUCAAAAUCUAAUUUAGAAGGAAAAUGUUGUGAUAUUUAAUAACAAAGAAAGAUUAUUUUUGAUAAGAAUUUUGAGCAUUGAUAAUACAGUAGAGCCCUGAUUAUCUAAACUUGUCAGACAAAACAAAAGUUUUUCUAACUAGACAAGUAACUUAGAGAUGUUCUUGAUUGUACUAAAAUGGUUAAAAUCUAUUUCUUUAUUCAUCAUAGUUGUUUUAACACAGCAAAUGUGUGUGUGUUUUAAUCAAAUUUAGUAGUCCAGGGUUCAUACUUAAUUUUCGAAGUUAAUACCUACAUAGAAAAAUGCAUAACAAGCUUGAGUUAGAAAUUUUAUUGAAAAAAUCUAAAAUACUAAUACAGUGAAACCUGUGUAAGUUGACCACUUGUGGUGCAGUACUUUGGUGAUCAACUUGUAAAGGUUGGUAAUGUUUUUUUCAAAUUUUUUGUCAUUUCUUGCACCAUUUUUUUUUUUUUUUUUUUUUUGAGGAAUUCACCCUUACUCUUUCUGUUCAAUUCCACUUUCAUUGUUUAACAUUAUUGAAAGUGAAACAAUAAUUAAAAAUACUAUUCAAAUACUUUAGUUAUUUUUCCCCUUGUUUUUAACUAGAUUAGACACUGUAGUUUUAGAAAUUCUAUAUACACCAGCUAAUUUUCUCUGGCUUUCUCCAUUUUCAAUUACUUUUAAUAUUUCAUACUUUUUAUUAAUCUCAAGUCCCACUAACUUUCUUUUUGAAGCCUUUUUAUGCAAAACUUAUAAUACAAAAAGCUCGACUCUCCCAGUUCAUAAAGGCAAAAUUUAAAUGUCCUAUUAUCUCUUAAUCCCUUGCACCAGAAGCAUGUAACUUUACUCAUUAUUAGCAGGCCCAGAUCAGCGUUCCCACAGUGCGAGGGGCUCGCCUCCUUAAAGGGGCUAACGGCCCUAGAAGUUGAAGAAAAAACAGAAAAAAAAACUAGCACUAAGAUUUAUUCUCUUAGACGCUGCUGGCCGCUAGGGAGGGGCCCUACAUAUUUUGUUGCAGGGGGGCCCAAAAUGUAUAGAUCUGGACCUGCUCUUUUUAGCAGAAUUCCUAUGUUGCCACAACAUAUAGAAACUGGAAAAAAAGACUUUGCACUUUUCUACUGACACUUAUUUUCAUUGAACAGAGUACAAAAAGCUAUCUCAAAUAGAACUACAAAUGAAAAACAAGUUUGGAGAAUAAAGAGCAGCAUAACUUUAUGCUGCUGUUUAAUUAGUAAAAUGGUAGUAUGUCAUCAAAGCAUUAAAAACAUUCUUUGAAAGCUAUCAAAAAAAAAAAAAAAUAUUAUUAUAUAUAAUAAAUAAAUAAUAAAAUAAAAUAAUAUGCUGAAGGCAGUUUAAAAAAAUAAACCAAGUGGUCAACUUACAAAGGGCUUUUUACAAUACUCCAGACCAAAUUUGGCGUACAUUAGUGGUCAAGAUAGAGAGGUGGUCAAGUUAGAGGUUUUCCUUCAUUAUAUGAGAUAGGGCUAAUUCCGUUCCUGACAAAAGCGGUCAACAUAGACAGGUGGUCAACUUUACAGGUUUUACUGUACUACAUAAAUUAAAAAUACAAAGAUCAAGCUUUUCAUCAUUUAAAAAAAAUUAUCAGCUCAAUGACUAUCAUUAAUUCAGGUAAUUAAAAAAAAAACAUGCUUGUUAUUCCCUCCCUUUCAAUGCAAACUAUGCCUAGCAGAAGGUACUUGUGAUAUGCUCCAAAAUCAUUAACCUUAUAUAUACAAAAUAUAUUUUAUCUUCUAAGUAGAUAAGUUUUGUAGAUCAAAAAAUAUUAAUAAGAGAAGUAAUUUAUUGCAAAAAAUGUGUUAAAUUAUAAACUGCUUUCCAAUUUAUCAAUAUAACUACAUUUAUUCUACAACUGGAAAGACUAAAGAACAGUAAGUUCAAAAGUGUAGAGAUUUUAAAAAUAAAUGUCAAUGUAUUCAGUCUACCAAACCCACUCUGAUAUCAGAAUGUAAGUUGAAGUGAAAAUCUUGCUACAUAUAGACUUUGAACGAUCCUCAAAUCUCAUCAACUAUGUAGUAAAAUAUUGCAUUGAGCAAUGCGAAGGGAUAGUCGGCAAAAGUUCUCAAGUAUCAAAACAUUAAGUUUUUUUUUUUUUUUUUAAUGUGAGGCCCAAGAUUCAACAGCAAAUUUGGAGUAUCCCGCAAAAGUUAGGAGUGUUGGAAGGUUUGGGUUUUGAUUUCAAAAAUUUGGCCAGUUCUUUCUUAUUUUUAAUAAAUAAGAUUUGUUAGAAUUUGCAUUAAUACGUUUAUGCAUUUUACACUCACCCUGCAGUUUUCUGACGAAAAAAUCACACUUAGUUUUUCCGAAGAUAAAAAAUAAGCACUUAAAGAACACUAUAAACCUUGUAGUUAAUAGCAAGAUUCUUAAAACAGUUUUUUACGCACAAUUUCUCUUCACAUUCUAUCUGGACCAAGACUGGCAGCUGUUAGUGCAGACAUUACAAUUUUAAUAAUGUCUUGGUCUUUUCUAUCUGUUACUCACAAUCCAAACUGGAUGGAGAAAUAGUUAUUCCUAAACCGGGAAAGAGUGGAUAAUUAGACAGUCAAGUCAUUUGUUUUGAUAAUCACCACUCUACUGUGAUUUAUGUAGAUGCAAUACCAUAGGUAGCUAGCUGACUGGUAUUGACAAAGGAAAAUGCAUCUAGCUGUAUUCCACUGACUGGUUUAAUGUUUUUUAAGCUGAAUUCAAAAGCUUAAAUGAACGCCUGAAAUACAUUUUAGAUGAUUUUAAAUAAACAAAUAAAAACCUAAUAACUGGUUGACAUUAAUGCAACUUACAUGUCAAUCAGUUACUAAGUUUAACUUUUUUUACUCUUUAAAUCACCUAAAAUGUAUUUUGGGAAAUCAAUUAUAACUAUUAAAUUUAGCUUUAAAAACAAUAAACCAAGAGUAAUGAUCUUUUUUAAAUGUACAUUCUGUGUUGAAUGUUACGAAAUACUUUUUACUUUGAAUGCAAUUGAGUUAAAAGUGAAAUCUUUCAAAUUCAUACCUCCACCUUUAAUCAAAAUUCGUAAUAUGUUUCUAACAUAAGUUAAAAUGCAAUGUAUAGGUAUUAGGUAGAUAGUAAUUCCCAUUUUACAGCCAAAAACUCUAACAUUUAAUUGUUAAAUUCAAUAUAAAAUCCCUUAUUCCAUUUUUUAUGUACUUAUACAGAGAUAUGUGUCGAGUUUAAUAUUCAUGUUUUUGCUGUUUUUUUUUACGUCACCUGCACAGGAAAAGUACUUCAAACCUGGUUUUGUUAAAUUAAUAUUAUUUGUAUAUUGAAAUGUUUUAUGUAUAGUUGUUGGUUAACUAUAAAUUUUAUUGAUAUAAUUUUAAUUUCUUUCAGGCUUUGAGAACAGCAUAAAAGAUGAAAUUUAGGUACCCCUCCCCCCUCCCCCAAAGAAAAUAAACUGCCAUAUUUUAUUCAUAAAGUUCUUUAAAUCAAAAAUAAAGUUUAUGCUACUGAACGUUGUUUUAUCUUCCUUAUUGUUAUCAUUAAAAAAGCAACGAUGGUUAAGAUAUUUUUGAGUCUCGAAUGGUACUAGCUAUUGCAUAUGCAAAACAUGCUCGUUAUUAAUUAAAUUUGACAAAAAGUAAAGUCAAUGAAUAAUAUCAUAAAUGAGCUAGUAGACCAAAAUCUGCUUGGGGGGAACCGUUUUUAUUUUAACAUAUGAAAAUUUAUCAAAUGCACAAAGCCUGAGAGAAAUUAUAGUGAUUUAAGCAUGUGAAUAAUGUUUUAUACAUAUAGCAUGACAAAAUAUACCAAGUUUUAAAUGAAAAAAAGUAUAUUUGAUGUAAAUAUAAUUUUGUCAGAAAUAUAUCUUUACUUUUCUUUAGAUUUUAAUAAAACCACUCUCUAAAUUAUCAGUAGAGAGAAAGAUACGAA